AUGACGAGAUACUGCCCGUAUCGUACCUUCACCGACAGUCAUGCCUCGCUCCAGCGGCAGCUAAAGAAACCCCCGUUUACCCCUUCCGAUGACCAGCUGAAGAUCGCAAAGCUCUGCCGGACGGAGAAUGUGGUCGUGUCGGCCCGACCUGGCUCGGGCAAGACUUCUACGGCUGAAGCCAUCAUUGCGGCUCAUCCGGAUUUAAGAGUGCUUGUGCUUACUUACUCAAAGAGACUUCAGCUGGAGACUCUUCGACGCCUUCGGCCCUACCUCAACUGCGAAGUGUACACCUUUCACUCCAUAGCCGGUAGGCUUUUUGGGACUGAAGCUAGUAACGACGCUAUACUAUACAAGCUAAUACAAGAGGCUCUUGAUCAAAAUGAGCUUCCCCAGUGGAGCUCUGAGCCCUUUGACAUCAUCGUGUUGGACGAGUUUCAGGAUUGUACAGGAUCCCUCUUUUGGCUCACCAACUGCUUUAUACAGGCCAACCAGAAAAGGGCCGGCGGGAAACCUGCCCGUAUUGUCGCUUUGGGUGAUGAGCGGCAGGCCAUCUACGGAUUCCGCGAUGCCGAUGGCCGCUACUUGACUCUUGCUCCCGAGUUGUUCGGUCCUGUUAGCCUCUACCCAUUCGCCAAGACUCCACUGCGCCAAAGCUUCCGACUAUCGGAGCAAUCGGUUCGGUUCAUCAACGAAGUCUUUCUCGGGGGCGAAUCUUGCAUCGUCAGCAACAAGACAGGCCCUAAGCCCAUUGUACUGAAGUGUGCCCCCUUUGACAGCUCUGCGUUGGCUAGGAAGCUGUGGCCUUUGAUUAAGCACUACGGAGCUGAGAAUACAGCAAUCCUCUCACCGAGCGUACGUCAGCAUGGCACGAAACAAGGGCCAUUGCAAAAGGUGGUCAACAGAUUGUCCAAGAAGUACGGCGUGCCGAUCCAUGUGCCGCCCAACGAAGAGGUCUCUCUGAAUGACAAGGUUAUCAACGGGAAGAUGUGCGUUUCCACCAUCCACCAGUUCAAGGGCAAUGAGCGAGAUCUCGUCGUCGUCUUCGGCAUAGACGCCUCGUACUUCAAGAAUUUUGGCCGUCACCUUCCAGAUGAUAGAUGCCCCAACGUGACUUUUGUCGCCCUGGCCCGUGCCAAGGAACAGCUUGUCUUGAUUCAUCACGAGGAUAAGAAGCUGAUGCCUUUUGUGUCCGUGAAGGCUCCGUAUGAGACAGCAGAUAUCACUGACAUGACCAAGUCGCAGCGGGGGUUUGAAGCUCCCGGUGCCCCAGGACGGCCUGCGAAGAAUGGGCUUGCUCUGCCGCGGACGGUCGCCGUCCGAGAUAUGGUCCGACACAUCAAAGACGAGUGCCUCAAGAAAGUCAUUCGGGACUAUCUACACAUCCAGAAGCUACCAUCUCUACCCGGAGACGAACACAUCAACCUCCGAGACAUUGUGCCCUCAGAUGAGAAACCGGGGUUCUACGAGGACGUGAGCGAUUUGAAUGGCCUCGUCGUUGUCGCAGCCUUCGAGCAUCAAGUUGCUGGGACACUCGACACACUCGAACUAGACCCAGAUGAUAUUGAAGAAAUGCCGGUAAUGCACUCGCAGCAGGGUGUCUCUUGGCUUUGUCGCCAGGCCUGCAAGUCCGAGGCCAAAGUGUCGGGCUAUGACCCACGCAAAAUCCAAAUGAAGCACCAUGAUUUCGAUUGGAUUAAGCCCGACGACCUUGCCCUAGCUCGGGGUCGGCUUUGGGAACAACUCGGAGACUCGAUUGGCAAUCUCAGGUUCAAGGCCGAAGCUCAUGAGCAGUUCAGAGUCGAUACAGAGGAGGAUACAGAGGAGUGUUGCCUGUUGGGCCGAGCAGAUAUCAUGGCGGUUUCGAGCCCAGACCGAAAGAUGGGUGAUGUUGUCUGGGAGAUCAAGUUUGUCUCGCAACUCUCCAGCCAGCAUGUUAUCCAGGCGUGCGCGUAUGCUUACUUGUUGAGACUACCUUGUGCGAUACUCUACAAUGUGCGUACGGGAGAAAAGUGGGAAAUCACACCGCGUGAUGGGCCAGAGGGACUCCACCGACUGAUUGAGGACAUACUGAGACUCAAGUACACUACCGAGAGAAAGAUGAGUGACGAGGAGUUCACCGAGAAGUGCGCGAAGCAGAGACAGGAGGUGAUGAAGCUGAAGUAA